GAGCGGCGGGGCCGGCGGCUGCAGGGGCGAAGAAUCAGUCCCAGCAUCGUGACUUUUCCAUCAUGUCAGAACCCAUCACGCUCAAUGUUGGAGGAAAACUCUACACCACCUCUCUGUCCACCCUGACUAGCUUCCCAGACUCCAUGCUGGGGGCCAUGUUUAGUGGGAAGAUCCCAACCAAGAAGGACAGCCAAGGCAACUGCUUUAUUGACAGAGAUGGCAAAAUCUUCCGCUACAUCCUGAACUUCUUGAGAACUUCUCACCUGGACCUUCCCGAAGACUUCCAGGAAAUGGGUUUACUUCGAAGGGAGGUAGAUUUUUAUCAAAUCCAGCCUCUGAUUGAAGCCUUGCAGGAGAAGGAGGUGGAGCUGUCUAAAGCAGAGAAAAACGCCAUGCUCAACAUCUCCCUUGAUCAGAAGACCCAGACCGUUCACUUCACUGUCCGAGAAGCACCCCAGAUCUACAGCCUGUCUUCCUCCAACAUGGAAGUGUUCAGCGCUCAUAUCUUCUCCACGUCAUGUCUGUUCCUGAAGCUCCUCGGUUCCAAACUUUACUAUUGCUUCAAUGGAAACCUCUCGUCGAUAUCCAGCUACCUGCAGGACCCCAACCAUUUGACCUUAGAUUGGGUUGCAAGCGUGGAAGGCCUUCCCGAAGAGGAGUACACCAGGCAGAACUUAAAGAGACUCUGGGUGGUGCCAGAUAAUAAGCAAAUCAAUAGUUUCCAAGUGUUUGUGGAAGAAGUGCUAAAAAUAGCCAUGAGUGAUGGUUUCUGCAUAGAUUCUUCUCAUCCACAUACUUCAGACUUCAUCAAUAAUAAGACUAUUCGCCUAAUUCGGUACAAGUAGGAAUGGCUGUUUUAUUAUGGUGCCAUUAUGGAGAUAAUGCAGGUGAAGUGUUUCCCCUUAGAACACACUUACAACCUAAUUCAGAAUCAUGCUUAUCUGGAUUAAGAGUCACUAACAGGGAGAUGAUUUUCCUUUAAUGUAAUUACCAACAUGACCUUUCAGAAGAUGUCCAUAUUCUACAUGGAACGAAUAUUGUCUAGCGCCUGAAUUAAGGACUGGCUUUGCUUCCACCUCUGACCUGUUGUACAAUUGUGGGGAAAAUCACUUAACUUGUGUCUUUCCUACAUUUUCCAGUUGGAAAAUGGGAGUGAUCCUUAACCUCUAUUGCAAGGGAUGUGAGGGUUCAGUAAUCGAGGUUUGACACGGUCUGGAGAACCGAUGUGAUGAAAGAUGCCAUGGAGCUGCAGUGCAACAGAGAGCCAUGGGAGUACAUUUUCCAUGUCGUUGCCAUAUCACCCGUGCAGAGCAUCCAAGAAGCUUGGUUGGACCCACAGGGAAGAAGCCACAUGCUUCUCAUGCCGUACUCAAUAAAACACUAAUGCAGCACUCAAUAAAGCUGUAAAGGAUGGUGCAAA